AUGGCUGAGCUGGAAGUGGAAGUGCAACAAGCACAUGAUGCAGCUAAAAGGAUGAUGAGGCUGGAGUCCAAAGAUGGGGUCAAGGUCUAUACCCACCCCUUGAAGUUCAAAGUUUCUGACAUGGCUCAGGAGAUUUUUGAUGCCAUCAGAGACUUCGCCGAAGUGAACAUGGCAGCAAUCCUAGCCAGUGAUGAUCGGCCACUGGUUUACUGGCAGGCAAGGGAUCGCGAGACUGUGAGUGAAGAGGAUCUGAUUGGGAACUUUCACUUGGUCAAGGAGUACAUACUUGUAACUGGCCAUGUCACGCCUUUGCCUCACCUAUUACAUCACGAGGCCGCAUUCAUUCUGCUGUCGGUGACCUACAACCUUCACUCUUCUGUUUACAAUGUCAGAGGUGGACGUGGAUUGAUUCGCGAUUGGGCUCGAACCCAGGCAACUCGCCUCCGUUGCAUGGGGACAAAGCUGAUGGCCAUCACAAGGGCUACCCCUCACUCCAGGGAGCCACAGAUUCGUGUGUUGAAGAACCUGGUGCUCAAACUCCAUGACAAACAUGGAAAUACUUUGUCAAAGAAAUCAUCCUCUGCAUCCCUUUCUUCGUCACAGGAGCCGAACGUGGAAGCGGAUGAGGAUUGUGAGGAGCUGGCCCAGUUGGAGAAGGUCGGAAGUGCUGAGAAAACCUUCUUGGGAUCACCCCGGGAAGACCGCAUUAGUGUGAAAAGGGUCCUGGAGUUCCGUGAUGACAUCGAAGAUGCCAUGCAGGUGGCCCAGACCUCGAAGCGGCAGACCCUGGCAUUCCAGCUGGGCCUUGGUGAUGAUGCUGAUGACCAGCAAGAUCCUCCGGCUCCUUGCAAGUCGAUAGAGAAGGAAAGCAAUGGAGACCACCCCGCACGUGGCUCUUUGAUUCCCAAUGCGUCUGACCUGCCGCAGUUCUUGAAACCCACCCCCAAAAGCAUGGUGUGUCCCAGCCCUGCUGCUGAUGGGUCCCUUUCAUGUCAGCAAGCACUCUUGCGAAAACAAAAGGAGGAGGAGAAAGGUGAGAAGGCUGCUGAGAAAGUGGAAAGGAAGCGCAGGAAGAAGGAAGCAACAAAAGAUUCCCCAAAGGAGAGUCAGGGGAAGGGCCGUGGGAGGGGCAGGGGCCGUGGAAAGGGAUGUGGCAAGGGAAGGAAAAGAAAGGAGCCGGAUGAGGAGGAGGGAGUGCAUAUCCAGAAAAUUUCUGGAAAGGGUAAGGGCAAGGGGAAGCGUAAGGUGACCAAGAAACCUUCCAAAUUGAUCUCAGAUUGCGGUGAGACCCCAGUCAAAAGGACACGCAGAACUUGGAAACCAUCCCCCAUGGCAGUGAAAACGUCAAAGGUCGCCAGCGCAGCUGAUGAACGUUUGAACAAGGCCAAGGCUGCUUUGGAAGAGUUGAUUUCACGCAUGGAGAAGGGAGGCAACCCAUAUGCAUAUGCGUUUGAACCUCCUCCCAAAGGUUUUCUGAAGAAGAGCUACACUAUCAAGCCCGCAGCUGCGCAUGGCGAUCUAGCUCUCACUACCAUAGGUGUGGUACUUUACAGCCGAAGCUUUUACAUCAACCAUGCGGUUGAAGACAAGUGGCCACAAUCGGCCCUUCAAGCUGGUCUCAAAGUGAAUGCCAAGGGUGGAUGUACAGUGCCUUGGGGUGAUGACCCGAUGAAUGCGAGUCGUCUCCUGCGUAGCAAUGGCCACGAUGCCCCGAUGCAAUGUGCAAAACGGCCUCGUCUUGCUGAAGAUCCUGGUUGCUUGGGACAGUCGACAGGUGCCUCUUCUUCAUCAUCGCAGCCUCGUCCAAGUACCAGUGCCUGUCCAAACGGUGGAUGUUCUUUCGAUUGGGUUUCCCACUUUGUAUGCCUUCCUAGAACCAGUAGUGAAAAGUAUGGACCAUCUUCUGCGAGGGGUGCCAAUCCCACCUGCAUUUGGCACCGGGCCACUGCAAGCACUGAUCACCCAGGUGAGGGCAGAUUGGAAAUUCCACCGAGAAUGGCUGAACUUUCAUGCGGGGUAUUCGUCCACCCAGAUUUGUCACCUUUGCAGAGCAACCAAGAACGAUUACAUGAUGGCCCCUUCCCGGUUGAGUGUUUCUUUCAGGAUCGGUUGGCCAUAGCUUAUGAACGUUUCAGAAAAUGGACCAGAGAGAACCGCAUUGCGCAUUCACAACCGCGCUUCACCCCGAAACGACUUCGCAGUUAUCAGCAUCCUUACCCUGAGUUGGCAGCGAAGGCACACAAUGCCAGGGUGGUCACUGGAUGGCUUGCAGAAGUCUUGGUGCCACUUGCAUCUGCUGACCCUGAUGAUGAGUAUAUUGGAUGGAUGACCACCCACAUGUGGUAUUUGGCCCGAUGGUUUUCUGUGCACGAGUCUGCUUCAAGAUAUUUGAGUGAUGAUGACAUCAAAGUGUUCACUGAAUGUUGUGAUGAAAGCAUGAAUGCGUACCUGAAGCUGGGGCAUGCGGCCGUGCAAGCAGGUGAACUGCUUUGGCCAUCUCGGCCAAAGCACCAUGGGUGGCAAGAGAUCCUCCAUGCGGAGACAACUCAAAGAGAAAAUUCGAGACUAUACCACGCUUUUAAGUGUGAGGAUUUCGUGGGCAGAUUGAGUGACCUUGCUGGCCAAUGCAACAAGGGCAAGCUUGAGUAUGCAAUCCUCCCAAGGUUUUACAUGGGGCUGUCGCAACAUCAUGAGCACAAGUCUAUGGAUGUGGGGGUCUGA